AUGGCGGAAUUGGCACGAGAAGCCGUCCUCGUUCCAUCGUCCUCUUCGGAAAUCCCGAUUGACAGACUUCAGCCGGUCAGCGGUCCUUCCCAGAAUGACUUGCAGUCCGUUUCUACGGCUCUGCAGCAGUACGCAACAAUGGGCUAUCAGGCUUCCCAUUUUGCCCAGGCGGUUGCGAUUUGCGAGAAGAUGCUGCAGGCGCAGCCUCCAUCAAAGGCGCCACCACCCUUAGACGGAGGGUGCGCCAUACCUGUGGAUGAGGCGCUGACGCCAGAGGUGCGGGUUCAGCCGACCAUAUUUCUUGGUGUUACUGCAAAUCUGUUUGGCACUGGGUGCAGGGAAGCGAUUCGAUUCCUGUGUGCCGAGUGUGUCCCGUUGCCGGAGGGCGUGGAGCCGGCGGCCUUGCCAGAUGAGGUGGUGGCACCGGUUGUUGAUGACAUGAGCGGUAUUCCCACACCGUCCUUUGCUUCAAAAGCACUCAUUCAUGUGCUAGUUGUGAGUGGCGGUGCGAUGGAGCACGACAUUCGUCGCGCUUGCGAGCCUUACCGACUUUUGUGUGAAAACAAGGAUGGGAAGGCACCGGGGGAGAGACAGCACACGCAGCAGCAGGUUCCAUUAGAAAAAGGAACAACAGAAGCUCGGUUUGGAAAUGUCGCGUACGACUGUGACAAUGAUCAGCCACCAUCCUCGCUUUUUACAGCCGUUAUGCGCCGCCUGGUGGUUCGCCUUGUAGCGGUGCAACAGCAACGUAAAGCUUUCUCUGCUUCACAGCCAAUUCCACCAGUGUACGAGGAUAUUUGCUCCUGGACCAUUACACCCAGCAUGCUGUGGUACGUGGCCGGGCGUUGGCUACCAGAGUUGUUCACGGAGGCACUAGCUGAGGUGCGCGCGGUGCAAAAGGAAGUGGUUGCCGAUGAGGGGAUGCGGCGCGCGGAGAGUACCGUUCUCUACUGGGCGGCCAAGAACGACUUACCUGUCUUUUCCCCAUCGUUUGUGGACGGUGACAUCAUGCAGUUUAUACUCGAAGCGGGGGAAUCCGCAGCGCCGCUGCUAAAAUUGGACCUUGUGCCAGAUAUUCAUCGUAUCAACAGGCUUGCAAUGCGCAGCCGGCGGACUGGUAUUAUUGUCCUUGGAGGUGGUGUUGUGAAGCAUCACGUUUGCAAUGCGAAUCUCAUGCGCAACGGGACCGAUGGCGCGGUGUUCAUCAACAACGGGCAGGAGUUUGAUGGCAGUGACGCCGGGGCACGACCAGACGAAGCGGUGUCGUGGGGUAAAUUGCGCCUUGAUGCAGACUUCGUGAAGGUGUACGCUGAGGUUUCGCUGGUGUUCCCGCUGCUUGUCGCUAAGGUGUUUUUGCCGCGGGUGCGUUCGGCACGCGGGCUGCAGAGCCAAAGGGAUCGGUAG